AGUGCUGAAGAGACCUUGCUUUGGUGAUGAAAGAUGAAUCGACAUCUCCCACAGCUCUGGGUGUGAGGAUGAAUUGUAUAAGCAGUAUGAGGAAGAUGUGGGAGCCUGAAGGCAGGAAAUAACAUCGAGAUGUGCAAACGAGUGACUAAUACUGGAUUGGCUGCAAAUUACCAUGCUUAUUUACUGUACGGACUUCCUAUUUUCCUCCAGGUUAGACAGGUACAUCAGCAAAUCAUACUCUCUGUGUGUGGGUGAGGAGAAGUAAAGCUGGGAUUGCAUCUCUGUUGACACCUCCGCAGAUUCAGCGUGAAGCAGGGAGAGAGAAACACAGACAUGCAGACAGAAUGAACAGAAAGAGGAGGACAGAGGGAGCGAGAGAGAGGCAGAAACAGUGAGAGAGAAGAGUGAAAGAGAGACAGAAGAUAUAUUUGACUAUGUGGGUGUGUGAAGUAUCCAGGCAUGCAUCAUAAUUGUGGAUCCGUGUUGGAGCAGCCGGACGUGUCACUGCAGCAGCAGGGCAUUAUUGGUCUCACAAAGUGUGCUAUUUUGUACUUUAAAAUAGUGGGAGCUGUGAGCGCAGAGAGCGACGCAAGAGACGUUUUCAAAGACAAAAUGGAAACUGCUUUGUUUCUGCUGCCUCAAGGAUUUUGUUAACUGGGAUUAAAAAAGACUUUAACUAGUUGAAGGAUGCAGACUGGAAAAUUAUGACGCCUCUUCACUGUAAAUAGACAAAAUUUCAAGAACUGAUCUGAGAUGGCUGUCAGCCCUAUCAUCAUCUGCCUCUUGUCACUGAUUGGCUAUGGCUCUUCCCACCCGUCUCCUCCUCCUCGGGGAUGCAGUGAGGAUGUGGACCCUCCGUACAGAGUGCUGUGUGACCUGGAGUCAGUCUGGGGUGUGGUUCUGGAGGCCGUGGCCUGCAGCGGUGGCGUCAGCUCUCUGGUCCUCGCUGUGCUCCUCCUAGUUAAGCUGCGCUCCAUUUCCGACCCCGCCAGGCGCUCCGGAAUGGGACCUCUUCUCCUGCUCCUGGGCACGCUCCUCGGGCUCUUCUCCAUCUCUCUGGCUUUCCUGGUUGGGAAGAACCAGGCGCUCUGUGUGGUCCGCAGGGCCUUCUGGGGGCCCCUUUUUGCCCUCUGCUUCUCCAGCUUGCUUGUGCAGGGUGUGAGGCUCAGGAGGCUGGUGGCGGGGAAAACGAGCCCAUCAGGCAGCUCCCUGGCAGCGCUCGGUCUGGCCUUGGCCUUGGUUCAGGGGAUCAUCUCUGCUGAAUGGGUCUUGCUGACUGUAGUUAGGGAGCGUCACCCAGCCUGCGAAUAUCCGCCUUUGGACUUUGCUCUGACAUGCAGCUACACCCUGGGUCUGCUCCUCAUAGCCAUGGGGCUUUCUCUGGGGGUGGUGCUGUGUGGGGGAGAGAUGGGGUCAGAGGGAGCAGGUGGGAGUGAAGAAGAUAGAGAAGGAGAGAGUGAAAAACGGAGAUGGAAGUGUAACGCCGUCUGGAUCUUCCUGUCCAGUCUGGCAUCAGCAUUGCUAUGGGUGGCCUGGCUAGGGUUUUAUCUUUAUGGCAGCCAAACGCUGAGGGUAAAGGGGAAAGGGGAAAGGUUAGGAGGAGGAGGAGGAAAAAAGGAUGUAAAGGUGUUGGAUGAGCCUGCGCUGGCUGUGGCCCUAGUCAUUCAGGGCUGGAUCCUGCUGCUGUUCCAUGCUAUUCCAGAGGCCCACCUGUGUCUCCGGAAACCUCCACAAUCCAACACGCAAGACUUCUUCGACACAAGUCACACGUCCCCUCCUCCACAUUUUGGAGAUGAGCUCCCUGCACACACACACCGACCCUUCCCAGAAAACCAGGCCUUUUCCAUGGAGGAGCACGGUGCAACUCUCCGUACUGGAACAUACCACAGCAGCCACGGGAGUGUCCGUCCGGGCAUCGCCUUCAGAGGCCACGUCUACCAGCCCACUGAGAUGGCUCUGGUCAUGAAUGGUGGAACAAUGCCCACAGCCCCAAUUAACUACACUGGACGACGGUUAUGGUGAUAUGGGAUAACACUUGAAGAGGACACACUGGUGUAACACUGGCGUAUGAUGGUAGAAUUUUAUGUUGCUAAGUCAUAGAACGAGAUAUUAAAGAUCUCACAUAUCACACUAAAUGGAUUUAAUGCAAGCUAAAUACGAUUUUGUGUAUUUGUGUUUCUGCACACAUGUAUGAAUUUUACAUUUUAAGAACCAAUUACUAUUAACCAAUAUUUUUGCUGGAGUUUUCUGGGUUGCCUCUUCUAUCAACAGACUGGACAUGAAAUCAGAAGAGCUUGGGAUAUUUUAUUACAAAGCGAGGGCACUUAUGGUGUAUUAUUUUGAUCAGCACAUAUAGUCUGCAGUGUAAUAUGUAAAUAUACUGUUGAGGAGGGCUAAAGAUAGUGUAUAUAUAUAUAUAAAUAUAUAUAUAUAUGGUAAAAAAAAACUAGUGUUUAAUGUGGUAUUAAAGAGGAGUAAAUGAAUGAGCUGCUGUUAGACCUGAAUGUAGUGAAGUAAACAUUUUGCCUGAGCACCUCUAAACGAAUGCCGUUACUUACUGAUGCCAGUUCAUCAGUGAUGUUUGCUAAUAUAAAAACUACACUUUCCUUCACUUUCUAUUUGGCGUCAAGCUAUAACUCAGAAGAAAAACCCUUCAGGAGGUUUAUGUAAAUUACCUGCAUACGCCCACAAAGCUUCUUGGCCCAAAGGACUCAUAGUGUUUUUCUCUCCAUUUCGCAAGUCCAUUAUCAGUGUUAUUGGACAGCUUAGCACAUUUCACCAUGUAUACUGAUACAUUUCAUGCAUUUAACAGAGCUUGUGCAGCGUUCUGGAGGAUCGUCUGAUGAUGGCUAAAUAUGACUAAAGACGAGCUCAUGGAAAAGUAGUUUUUUAUAAGCAUAUCCUUAAAAGCCAUUUAAUACUGCAAUACCUAUGUUGCAGUUUAUACCGUAGGGUUUACUGUUGGAGAUUGUAAUUUUGCACUUUAUCAGCGCUGAUCAUGUCUGGGCAUUGUGAUAUUUGAGAUGUAUGGUCAUUUGAGAUGCAUGUAAAAGCACAUUUUAAAGGUAAUGUAUUUUGUCAAAAUGUUUGUAUUUUAAGUGUUUUCUAGAAUUUUGAUAUACAUAUUGAAGAGAAAUACCAGUUUUAGUGUUGAGUUUCAAAGAUCACUCUUGACCUUGGAAAGAAAACAAAGAGGACAACUGGGCAAACCCUAUCUGUGGAGGAAGACCAUGUGAUACGACUUAAAGCUCUGGAACUAAAUGGACCUUGAGGUUGGACUGUUUUGUCAACAAGUUUCAUAGUGUGCACUCAUAUUUUCCCCAAGGUUACUUUGGAUUCAAGAAGGCUUUUGAGCAUUAUAUACUCUUUGUUUGUGAUAUAUGGUAACACAUAUCCUGGCAUUCAGGAUCCCUUUAAAUUUCAGAUUCCAUCGACUAUAGAGGAAGUAUUCAAUCAUCCAUCACUGUGAAUUUAACAGGAACAGAUUCAAACACAGGUAUACUGUUUAUAUUGGCAUAGUUGGCAACUGCUGCUCAAAUGCAAUUUGAAAAUUGAACUUGAGGCAAAAAGACAAAUAAAUCCCUUCAUAUUUGGCUGCACUUUCCAUCUCGUGGGCAAAACUGAAUUUAAUCUAGGAAAAUAUUUCCAGUUAAAGUACAAUUCAGACAAACGUCGCCAUUUUCAUGUUUUGACCAUUUCUUCUUGCUAUAAGACUUAACUAAGUAACUAAGUUGUAAACAACUUUGCUUUUGUGUACAGGUAUGUGCUCUGAUAUUGUACACUGAAAAUAUUAUCACAGGAUUUUUAUGUAUUAACCCUAUAUAACUGAGUUUUAAUUGUGUAAAUAAUCCAAAUGUGAAAAAGCAAUGGUAUUUUCCUUUUGAAAUGCUCUUAUGAUGAUAGCGCUGUCACUGUUUUAUGGCAGCGUAACAUGAAUGUCUGUAACGUGAUUUGCACAAAGUGACUAAUACAUCAGUGCACAUUUUCUGAUA